AUGCACCACGCUGUCGUCAUCACCGCAACUAAACUUCUCAAGAACUCAUUGAUUGCGCAUGGGAUCAGUAUGGCACAGACAGCAUUGAUCACCGGUGCUAGUGGUCUGCUCGGCCAGCAAGUGCAGCGAGAGUUCUUGUUAGAUGGCUGGAAGUCUCUCGGCACUGGUCUGCAUCGCAUCACUGCUCCAGAUGUGGUGAAGCUGGACAUUUUGGAUCAGAAUGAGAUCGCCAGGGUGCUUGAUGAAGUCAACCCGAAAGUCGUCGUCCACUGUGCUGCCAACCGCUUCCCUGACUCUUGCACCAAUGACCCAGAAGCGGCCAGGAAAUUGAACGUAGACGCGAGUCGAGCGCUGGCUGAAGCCACCAUCUCUCGGGCAAUUUUCCUCAUAUACAUCUCAACAGACUACGUCUUUGCAGGAAGACCUGGAGAAGCUCCUUACAAGACAGAUUCGACGCCGAGCCCACCUAAUACGUAUGGCCAAACCAAGCUGGAAGGCGAACAGGCCGUUCUUGAGGCUGCUGCCAAAACUGGCGCAAAGAACAAAGUCGUCAUUCUUCGAGUACCGGUCCUCUACGGAUCCUGCGAUGAGCCCAAAGACAGUGCAGUCAAUGUCCUCAUGUCGCAAUUGUGGAACGCCCAACAGAUAGAGCAUGGUCAACCCAAAAUUCAAGUCGACGACUAUGCGCUUCGAUACCCUACCAAUACUCAAGACGUUGGCCGAGUAUGCCGCGACAUAGCGAAGCUGUAUCUUGAUCCCGCGAACGCGAAGCGCGAGCUACCCAAAGUCCUUCAUUUCAGUUCGGAAGACCGCAUGACUAAAUGGCAGAUCUGCCAAACAUUCUCCGAUAUCAUGGGGUUGCCGCUCGACAAUAUGGAGCCCUUCAAACCUGACGAAGAACCAAAAGAUGGCACCAUCAGGCCUUACGACUGCCAUCUGGACACUAGCGCGCUACGGGACCUGGGUAUCGAUGUAUCGACUGUUGACUUCCGCACAUGGUGGAGGCGGGAAGUUGGGGCUUUCCGCUGA